AUGACUCGCCAGCUCUUCCAGGAAAUUAUCAAUAUUGCCGGAGCAUCGUCAGAAGUCCUCGAAUGUUCUCUCGCCUUCUGCCGGAAGAGAGUUGGAAUCGAAGAGGCCUAUAGCAGUGCGCCUAUGUUCAAAUCCAAUGGCCAAUCCAUCGAAAUCACUUACGUGAUGAAAUACGCCGCUUGCAAAUCCGUCGAGGACUGGGUCAUUCGCCAGACAGCAGUGUAUCAAAAGUACAACAUAGAAACCAACCAGUCCACCUGGAUCUUCCUCAACCCGACCACAGACUGUGCUUUUCAGAAACGCCUGGCGACACUCCUACAGAACCCCACUCACGUUCUGGCUUUCCAUCGUCAGCCGCUUCUUGUUCACAAUGUUCUUUUUGGGACAUUCUUCCCUUUGUGGCGAGACUACCUCGCCUACUAUGAGCGUAAGGUUCUCACUAUUGCCAACACAAACAUGGCCCAGCGCAUAGAAGAGGAGCUGCGAGUAAACCAUGAAACACUGAGCACCGUCCGUCAUGCAGAGGCUCGCUGUUCAUCCCUAAGCCCCAUAUUUAGGUCACUCCAGAAAAACUUCCAGACCUUGCAAGAUGCUAAUGACGCCCUAGCGGAGCGCAAUAUUACGCAGCAGUCAGAUUCCCAUGCAAUGAAACAGCUACUCGAGAACUACGUAAAUAUGGUGGAUGCAUACACCCAACAAGCGCGGUUUUUGAAGAGUCGAACCGCAUGCUUAGCAGUCUCCAUCACGGACACCCUCUCUUUCAAGGACUCCAACACAGCGAGAAGACAGAACAAAUAUAUGCUCGACUUGACGCUUUCAACUGUCGACGACUCCACAACUGUACGCGUCAUCACCACCGUCACCUUGAUCUAUCUUCCUUUCACAUUCAUGGCAACACUCUUGGGAAUGAGUUCGUUUUUCGAGAUGGACCCCAGUGAUCACAGCUUGAUUGUGUCCCCAAAAUUUUGGGUGUACGUUGUGUUCUCUAUACCAUUGACAGCUGCUACUUUAUUUUACUGGUGGUUUGUCAAGAACGCUAAGCAGCGCACAAAGUCAAAGAGCAAGGAGGAUGCCAUGGAAAGUGGCUCGGUCAAUGAUUAG